CGUUGUGAUGAUGGUCGAUAAUGAAUAUUCACAUGAAAAGGAUUCGGGAACGGAGAUGCCAAGUGUGAAGCAUACGUCACGUCCGGGACAAGCUAUUCGUGUCCUUCGAUGCCAAACGGUGAGGUAGACAUUCUUGAGUAAUCCUAAGCAGUGGACAGGUGUUGGUCGUAAGAUGAUCCGACAAGCACAACAGAAUGCCCACCGCCGGCGAUGAUCGAGAGCGCUCACCACACCCCUAUGCCAGACGCGGCCGCCGCGUAAAGUCGGAAGAAAGUAGUGGUUACGAUGCACGCCAGACACCAACGACUCUCUCGAGCGAGAGCGGCACAGAGGCCGAUGAUGAGCGACCGACGCAAUACCUGAAAGCCCUGCCUCCACCUUCGAUACGGCCUGCGAAAGGACUUCGACAGCUUGGAGACGAUGGGACAGAGGGCUCGCCGACCCCCCUGCUUACGCCCUCGCAGCUGGACAGUCAAAGCCGCCGCUUGUCUGAAGGGUACUUUGAUCACAAGCUGUCCCAAACAGCAGCACAACAGGCCGAAGAGGAUGAGUUGCUGGUUGCGCGACGGCUGUUCGAAAAGAGAAGGAGGGCUGAGCACAUUCGUCGCAUAUCCGAGGGCGCCUUGCUCGCAGCUAUCGGACUGAUCAUAAUCCUCGCUCCUGCUGUGACAUCUGCUCUCUGGAAUUGGCAUCGAGAACUUUUCUCCCAAUUGGCCAUUGUCGUUCUCCUGAUUUCCGUAUACCCCCUGAGGAUCGUGAUAUUCUCUCCUUCCGACGAUAUCAGCCGUCCCAGAUGGCGCCGCUUUCGCGUUCCCGCCUCCUUCGACCCUGCUUCGAUCCUGUAUCCUACCUUUGUCCCCGUCCUAAUCGCCCUUUCUCUGCUACCGCAAUACCCCGCUCUGCUACUACCGAAUCUGAUCUUGGGUCUGGCAUCUCUUCCACCACGUCUCUUCCCUCCUCUUUCUCGCCUCAAGGACAUCAACACACUACACUGGAUUGUCUCCAUCACUCCACUAAUCUUCUCUGAGAACACCGGACUGCCCUCGCAAGCAUUUCCUCCCUCGCCAUACAAGCUCAAGGCUAGCCAACCUCCCUUCUUGCAGCCGGAGCUUUUGACUUUGUUAUAUCCUUUACAUCAGGCUCUUCUACCGCCACUACAUUACCUGACCACAACUAGUCUUCUGGCUGCUGAGAAGCACCUUUUGUCUGCAGGUUUGAUCAACCUUCUGCUAUUCGCCAAUUCUCCUCAGUCUGCUAUUCUACGCGCACUACUAUGGAUAGGAGGCGUGUGGCUCCUCGUUCUGUGUACUCACGUCGCACGUUGGAAUGUAGCUCUUGCACGCGUGCCUCGCUGGAGAUUCCGGCGUUUUGGAUCGAAGUCUGGCCAUUCGUCUCACGCUUACAAGAGAGGUCCGCUUGCGGUAGUGACCAAGUGGAUAUACCCUUUCAAACGCUAUCAGAACGAUGACAGUGACAGCGACGAGGAUGUUUUGAUUCAAAAGGUCCAAUCUCAAGAUCAAAAGAAGCCUAAACUUGGUCUCAAUACCAGCAUCCAGCACCACGACAUAUACGAGCCAAAGUCUGCUGUCGAAGCAAAUCCAGAUUCUCACCGAGAUUCUGUUGUGGAUGCGAACGACUUCUCUAGGAAGAGAAGGCAUACUAUCGCUAGUAUGGACGUUCCGUCAUCACUUCUCAGUAACACCACCGGCGCAGCCGCCCAAAAGAGACAUCGUCGGCUUCGGGAUUGGCAUCUGAAUCUGACCCCUGAAGGUGCAUUUAUGUAUAAGUGGGCGUAUGCGAUCUACAUCUUCACAGCUAUCGCCUUCGUCAUCUUGGUACCUGUUCGAAGGACCAUCUCUGAUGCUGCGCUCAACUCUGCAGAACCCAUCAUCUGGGCUUUUGAAUACCUAUUCUCGGAUAUUCCGAUACUCUUCGAUGCUUUAUCUUCUACGGUUGGCCGUAUUGCCUACAAGGAUGAGAUUUUGCAAAAUCUCUCACUCCAGGGCUCCUCAGUUCCCGGCAUAAGAGCUGCGGUGGGUGCCGCCAACACACGACUGCUCAUUGUUGCAUAUUGGGCGGCUGUGCUUUGCGUCGGCUUGGUCACAGUCUUGCGCUUGACGCCCUUUAUCGAAGUGGACACUAGACGCAAGGUAUUCCACGCAGUCAUGGUUACCAUGCUUUUACCCUCCAUCUUUGUGGAUCCCUGCUUCUGCUCAUUAGCUCUGGGAAUUGUUCUCGCAAUUUUCCUGAUCCUUGAAAUUAUCAGAGCAGGCCAAGUUCCUCCGCUGGGUAUUGCCAUCGGAAGAUUUGUAGCGCCUUAUGUCGACGGACGUGACUUGCGUGGUCCCAUGGUUGUCAGUCAUGUCUUCCUCCUCAUCGGCUGCGCUAUUCCGCUAUGGCUUUCGCUCGCCGGCAUUGGCAGAACGAAAACUGGCCGCUGGCCCGGCUGGGAAACAGAAAACGAGACUAGAGAAGUCGCAAUGGUGGCAGGAGUCAUUUGCGUGGGCAUGGGCGAUGCGGCAGCCAGUCUAAUAGGCAGACGCUACGGUCGCUGCAAAUGGCCUUGGAUCGGCGGUAAGAGUCUCGAGGGCAGUGGUGCGUUUGCCGUCGCCGUGACCAUUGGCCUGCUCUUCGCCAAAGCAUGGGUCAGAUUUGGAGGUUGGCCUGAAGUGUCUUUUCACGAUUCCAUCUUGCCUCUGGACGUUGGAUUCUGGGGCUUAGAGGUGACCAAGAUGUUUAUCUGUGGCUGUGGAGCUUCAUUUAUGGAAGCGGUCCUCACAGGAGCGAACGACAAUGUUGUUGUUCCUGUUGCUUUAUGGCUGUUGGUCAAAAGUCUCGGUGUAUAGACAAUGGUGGAGAUAUCUAGAAAUUAAUGAUCUUUCUUCUUAGAUUAUGUUUCCAAUAAAUGGCACACAACAAGUCCUAUAUUUUUAAGCCACCAAAGAAGUGUUCAUUAGACAGCGGUAGACAAAGUGGACCGG